UUCUCCCAGUAGCGAUAAGGGUGUGGUAGAGCUUUUUGAAGCAGCGAAAGCUCCGGUGCCGGGCGCCGAGCAGCCGAACCGAACAAACACCACCACCACCACCACCACCACCACCGUUGGUGACGGUGCGAUGGACUGUGCGAUGGACAAGCACCUCAAGAACCUCAAUCUCGAUAGCCUGAUAGAGACCGAUAUCGUAGAGUACAUGGAGAAUCUUAGGGAAAAGCAUCUCGCCAGUGAACAAACUGGACAGCUGCAGCAGCAGCAGCAGCAGCAGCAGUCGUUGAAACCAAUUCUAGUAUCGUCACUAGCACCUUCACCACAACCACAGUCACCACCAUCGGACACACCACAAGACACAACACACCAGGGUACACAAUCAUCUCCACCACCACCACCACCACCUCCUAACACCCAGGGCUCCUUGCACUCCCCCAGUAAGUCUACCCAAACGUUCGCGUCGUCGUCGUCGUCGUCGUCGUUGAUGAAAUCCUCAACCGAUUCCACCGAUCUAGCGUCACCAUCGAGCCAUACCGCUGCAGGUCCGGGUUCGGGUCCGGAAAUGUCAUCCAGUUCCGGUUCUGGGACAGGUGACGAAAGCUACGGUUCCGAUCCGGCCACCACUGACAAACCACUGAGAUCACUGGCAACCGCAACCAUCGGUACGGGCAAAGGGCGCUCCAGCUCGGAAGGUGACGGGCAGCAACCGGAACAGCACCGCUACACACUCAGUGCAUCAUCGACCACAUCCUCCCCCGAGGGUACACUUAGCCCGAAGCUGGAGAAAACCAAAUCCCCGGCCAAGCGCAUGAAAUCAGUCGAACGGGAAAAGAGCCCAAUCCGGAUCAUAAAAAUCAAAUCACCGCGCAACAGUAUCGAUAUCGAGCGGCACGUGCGCAUCGAGAAGAGCCCCGAUCGGGCGCUUCGGCGUGCUUCGAGCCCGGCCAGCACUUCCUCGGCCACGAAGAAGGCGACCGAGGGCAUUCUGAAGAAGAAACAACCGGCGAACGGGAGCACCGGCACCGGCGGCAGUGGUGUGGUCAGUGGCAUCCUGAAACGUUCCUCCAGCCCGUCCAUCCUGGGGAAACCAUCGGAAAGCUCGGACAGUACGGCAUCGAAGACGACGGAUGCGAACCUUUCGUCCGACUACGAACAGUACCAGUCGACGACGGGCAACAACGGUCGCUGCUACAUGUCCCUGUCGAGCGAGUAUCUGGGCGUUGAGAAGGACUAUCCACACAUCUACCAGAACACGAAGGAGGAAAAGGUGAGGCGGGCGAAGCGCAGUGCCUCGGUUGGGAGUGCCGAGCGGAUGCGAUCCCUCGAGGGUGGCUACGAGUCCUCCUGCGGUUACUCACCGAACACGAGCUUCGAUGCUUCGUCGGUGGAGGGUGGUGGCGGUGCCGCUGGUGGUAAAAAGCGGUACAGCAUCUCCUCGGAGCGUUCGCCGAGCGAGUACCGGAAGGCGUACGGAAGCCGGCCCAACUCACCACCGAACGUUUACAGUCGCGAUGCGUCACCGAACCGGUGCUACGCUCGAGGGUUAUCACCGCAAACAUCACUCACCCGUGGUCUGUCACUGUCACCACAGUCGUCCUUUAAGGGCAUUUCACCGCAAAGCUCGUUUAGCCGGGGUCCUUCACCCCAGCGGGGCUACAAUGGUAGCAACAGCCGUGGACCUUCACCCCAGCGGGGCUACACCAGCGGCAACAGUCGAGGACCAUCACCACAACGCACUGGCGGGCACAGUUCAAGCCGGGCGGCGUCGCCUAUGCGAGGCGGUUACUAUCGGGCUAGCUCUCCGCAGUCACGCUAUGGACGCCGAUUGUCUCCUCAGGCGUCGGUGUACAGUAGCCGAGGACCGUCCCCAACACGCAACGUACCGUAUGCCCGGGGACUGUCGCCGCAACGCCGUGGAAGUCGCCAUUACUCGCCACCGAAAGAACACCAUCGUGGUGGUGGUGUAUCACCACAGCGGUUCUACAGUCGUGGUCCUUCACCGGAUCGCCACUACGAGCGACAGCGAGGCCCUAUACCACUGCCGAAAAGUUAUAGCCGUGGGGCAUCACCGCAGCGCAUGUACCGGCUCUCCUCUUCGCGCUCCAUCGAUAGCUCCUCGUUUCUGGAUUACGAUCACAAUCCUAACCUGCAUUAUGCGCGCAUUGAGCACGAUCGACGUGCCUACCAGCAGCAGCAGCAGCAGCAGCAACAGAUUAUGCAACAGCAACAGCAACAACAACAACAACAUCACCAUCACCACCAGUACUCAGCACAAUCGCACGCUUCUUGUAUGGAGUGCAUCAUGCAGGACAUGAAGCCUCCAUCGCAAAAGGCGCGCGCACGGCAGAGUCGUGCGCGGAAAAAGUCAUCCCGGGCCAAGCUAUACCAUCAGGCGAGCUUCGACAAACCGUCGUCCUUCGAUCACGACGAAAUCCAUGUCUAGAGGCUCCCUGGCAUGGCUGGCUGCUGAGCCACUGCUCUCCCUAUCGCUCGUAUCAAACCAUUCCUUCCCACUCUCUGUCAUCCGGCAGACACCGUGAUCUGAUGAAACCGGAUACCGGAUACCGGAAACUGUAACCUGCAACAACCAAAGACACACACGGCACCCCCGCUGGGUGCACACAAAGCACAGUACACAUGCUUCUAUUUUAUUCUACUCACGAUUUUAUCAAUAGCUUCUGAUGCUCAUGCAGCUAAAUAGCAGACAAAACCGGAAAAAAACGGGAACCCGAUCGACCUGAACGCUCCCAACCCAUACGGCUUCGUAGCAGUAAAAUCAAAACUUAAAUGUUAAAUCAAAUCAAAAGCAACACAACAGUGAAGGGAGUGAGUAGGCUCACUCACGCGUGAUCGCGUGAUCCUUCCCCCGCUCAUAACCAACCCAAAAUCAAAGGCAAAAUAGUACUUAACAUAAACAGUAAUCAAAUGUAAUGCGCAGACGCACGCAAUAGAAUAUCAAGAACAACCAACAGGGAUGGUUAACAUUAUACGAUGGCACGUGAAAUGUGUCCAAAUCAAAGGAAAUUACUAUCAGUAAAUCAAAAUAUUUAUCAAAACUGUUAUACGAAGCUGUCUACUCCUCUAUAACGGAAGGUGGCAUCAAGGAUGGAAACGCCGAUCGGAAAAAUGGAUUUUAACGACGAGCAACGACGACGACGAUGAAGAAAACGAGUUGGUUAAAGAGUGUUCAAGAUGGCGAGUGUAUCAAAUGGAAACCUAUCUGUUUCGUAACAUCCCGUUGAUCUUACGUUACAUUUAGUGUGGGAAUGAGUUUAUGCUUUUCGAAACCAAACCAAUGGAAUGUUUUGCGUAAAUCGCCGAAUUUAGCGAAUUGUUUCGAUGAUGCGUCGAGUGCGUUUUCGUAUUGUUACAUUACACUUUAGGUAGCUAUCGUACUACAAAUCGCCCCUCUGUUACUGCUUUUAAUCGGGACGAAGAAGGAGGAGAAGGAUAAGGGGAACGAUGGAUGCCAGAACAAAAUAUAACCAGAUACAUACGUAUAAUAUACCAAACAAAUACCAUAAUUCUAGUCGCAUACAGCGUAAAGCAAGCACAUGUUAACCGUAUCUAGUCAGACAACCAUACACCACAGUAUACAACCAGUUAUAGCUCUAUACCCAAAUCGCGCAAUAGCAACAACAGCAAAAGAAAAACAGUAGAACGAAAAAAACAGUAGGGUUCAACUACUAGGGAGCAUAUAGCAGCCAGUAUUGAGCCAAUGAGGCAUAGCAAGAUAGGGUUCAAAUAAUAUACCAUUUAACAAGAGUAAUACAGGUGAGUUUAUACAACCAAAAUAGCCAGUACCCUUUAUAACAUACAUAUUUAUAUAUAUAGCCAAACAAUCUGUCCGGGAUAGCCCGUAUCCGUCUGUCCCCUUCCAAGUCUGUGCACUCGGCACAGUACGAGUGCCGUUUUCGUUUCGGGAAAGCCCCAUGUCACAGGUGUAGGUGGGUGUAACCCGUUUGAUACGAGCCCCGCACUGCCACCAGCCCCUUAUUGGGUUAACGGUGGUGGUGGAAAUCGGUCGGUAACGGUAUCAGGAACGUUAGCUCGCAUGCUUUUCCCGCGCGGGAAAAAAGCUCAUCAACAACACUGGCAGCAGCAGCAGCAGCAGCAGUGAUGAGUUGCUGGAAGCAAACAAUCCACUCGCGGCACUCGCAGCAUCGGUCAGAGGCACGGUGUAUUCGAGAGCGGUGAACUGGUGGUGAGGAACUGCGAACGCAAUACUGAUCAAGACCGAACAAUAUAUACGAAUAUAUAUAUAUAUCGAAACGUCAACGUUUAGUGUAGAGAUAAAUUUCAAUGAAAAUGUUGUGAUUUUGUGCCAAUUAUCGGAUAAGCAGCUGGACGAAACACAUUUAUACAUAUUGAUUACCGGUAUUGAUAUGAUAAACGAUUUUAACCGAAAAAUCCCAGCCACCCUUCCACCCCGGGGGGAGAGAGGGACCUAGUGUCAGAUAUCCAGGAUCAACGAUAGCGAAGAGCAAACACUGGCGAACGCACGCACACGCUACGAAAUGCAUGCACACAGACGGAAACGCGCAAGCCGAAAAAACGGAGGAAAAAUUAAUAGUUAGUGAUACUAAUGCACCGCGAACAUGCGACACAUGAGAAAGUGCCGAAAAAAAAAUCAUACGAAUAAUGCACACAUUCCCGCACGCACGCAGGUUUGCAAUGAUAAUAGUAGAUGCGACAAUCGGAAUCGAAAUCGAAAUCGAACUCGAACUCGAACUCAAAAACAGUGAAAGGUUAAAGGCCCUCUUGCCCUCUUGUUAAUCAUUCUUAACUUGUUAACUCGUAUUGCUCGUAGGUGCCGGAACGGUCUUGGUUCGUUGUUUGCAUUCGAAUCAAAAGCACAUUGCGCCGUUGUCUAGUAUAGUUUUCAAAUCCGAUUCACCGAUCGUCGCACGGCACACUACACCAGGGGAGUCAUCACACUCAAGAAGCAAAGUUGUGGCCGCGUCGGAAUGGGUUUUUUUUAUAUAUGAUACCGUGCGGCUUAUACACUAUUAGCAACGUGCUCUGCGGGCACCUCUUUAGAUAGCAGAAGAUACUGUUUUCAACCUGUUCGCUGCGUUACGACACCUAUCCACGUAUAUUUAGAAGUGCAUAAAUCAGGCACACCAGCGGAGGUGAGAUUAGUUCAGGC